AUGGAACUGGGGCCUCCCAGGUCCAGGCCACUGUCCUCCCUGCUCCCUGUGCGGCUGCCCCGGGGCGGACAGGCCCUGGAGCCACUCCCUCUAGUUCGUAAGGUCACGCUCCGCAGGAGAGCGGCUCCGCCUCAGGUAAAGGGCCCAGAGCCCGUGGCCGGGAAGCAAAUUCCUGCCUCAGGCAGCGUGUUCACGCGUCUUCCCUCUGCGCUGUCCCCAGGGCAGGAAGACCCCAACAGUUUGCGCCAUAAAUACAACUUCAUCGCCGACGUGGUGGAGAAGAUCGCCCCCGCCGUCGUCCACAUCGAGCUGUUCCGCAAGCUCCCCUUUUCUAAGAGGGAGGUGCCGGUGGCCAGCGGCUCUGGGUUCAUCGUGUCCGAGGACGGGCUGAUCGUGACCAACGCGCACGUGGUGACCAACAAGCACCGGGUCAAGGUGGAGCUGAAGGACGGCGCCACCUACGAGGCCAAGAUCAAGGACGUGGACGAGAAGGCGGACAUCGCGCUCAUCAAGGUCGACCACGAGGUCAGUCUCCCACCUGCAGGGCCUGGGCCCGGCGACCCCGCGUCACGCCUGGAGAGGCCAGGGGCCGCCAAGCUCCCCGUGAGAGCCGCGUAGCUGGGCGGAGCCGUC